GCCUGCUGAAACGGAGCGAGGAAUCGCGAAAUCGUUAAAGUUUUAUCUUCCUAUCGCGCGCGACUUAAAAUUAAUUAUCGUGUUGCUGCACAAUGUUUCACAGAGUAUUUGUUCACGUUCGUCAACCUUCUUUCGGUUUAGGCCUAAAUGCACUGUUAAAUUUGGGAACUACGAGAAUUAUCGUCCCAGCUUCGAGCACGGUCCGUUGUUUCAACUGCACCGGAUGUCGACAACGAUCAAGUGAAUCAUUGGACGCAUUUCGUGCUCGAGAAGAGAAAAAGGAACAGGACUAUGCCAAGCAGCAGCAGCAGCAACAGACAAAUGACCAGAAUGCGAAAGAUUUUACAGCGCAGACAGAGUUUUCCUCUACAAGCGAUGGAGAAGAGGAGCGCACGAAGGAAAUGAUACUGGAAGCGGCCCUCCUAUUCGUGCGAUCACACGGAUGGUCAAAGCAAGCGAUAGCGAACGGAGCUGAGGCCAUCAAUUACCCCAGCGUCAGUCACGGGCUCUUUCCGCGGGGCGGAAUCGAGCUGGUACAUUACUUCUACAAACAGUGCAACCUGAAACUGAUCGAACAUCUGAAGCAGCAGACGGCGGAUGUUGAGAAGGUGGCGAAUCCGUCUGAUUUUGCGCGCCAGGCCAUCGAAUACCGAUUGCGUAUGCUCGAACCGUACCUGAAACACUGGCCACAAGCGCUCGGCCUGAUGACGUUACCGCCGAAUGCCCCCCACUCGUUGGCAAAUUUGCUGACCCUAGUCGACGAUAUCUGCUACUACGCCGGAGAUCGUUCGGUCGAUUUCAAUUGGUACACACGACGGAUUGGGUUAGCGUGCAUCUACAAAACCACGGAACUGUACAUGCUGCAGGACAACUCGGCCGGUUUCGAGAGAACGUGGAAAUUCCUAGAGCGACGCAUGGAAGAGGCUAGCAUGGUGCACGAGUUCCUAGUCAAAUCGGAAGAUGCCACACACCAGCUACAAAGUGCAGUCGGUUCAGCGUUUACGACGGCUCGCAACAUAUUGGGGCUGAAUUUCAACCGACGAUGAUCAAGUCCCGGAAGCAUGGUGCUGUGAUAUCGGAAGUAUUGCCUUCACAGUCUGUUCCCGCCGGAACACGAGUACCAAAACGAAUGGAAUACAAGAAAACUGGCAGAAGAAUCAACAGGAUGUUUUGCAACAAACAUAAUAAAUGUUGCAACCCCGCCAAGGGAA